AUGCCCACAUCAAUCUGCCCGACGGCAAUUGCAUUCGCAAUAGAAGUGAUAGCCGCCAACCCGGAGCUGCACGCCCGGUUCACAGUCUGGAACGAACUCGUCUCUGGGAUCCCGGCGUGCAAGCUCGCCAUUCGGCCUGCUUUGCUGCCGCCUAGUUCGGAGAGGACGGACGUGGGAGAGGAGUUCGUGGUCGUGGGUGUCUUUGAAGCCGCCUUUCUUUGCGCGGGUGACGGGCGUGCGGAGGGCGGAGAGGAAGACGAUGUCGUUGGGGUGCUUUUGGAGGAUGUUUUUGGCGCCUUUUUGGAGGAAGGCCAUUUUGAGGGUCGUUCACCUUGUUGUUUUGCUGGAGGUAUGACAGGAUUGAAGAGAAUAGCUAGAU